UUUAAGCCUCAGUAUCUCAAAUAUCAGCCUCUACUAGUUGUAUAGUUCUCUCUUAUUUGAUAUCAGAGAGCCCAAUGGAGCCUUCUGAAGUACCUAGUCAGAUUAGCAAAGAUAAUUUUUUAGAAGUUCCUAAUUUAUGUGACUCUCUUUGUGAAGAUGAAGAAGUUACUUUCAAACCUGGUUUCUCCCCUCAGCCGAGUAGACGAGGUUCUGAUUCUUCUGAAGACAUAUACCUGAAUACCUCAUCUUCAGGUACUAGAAGAGUUUCAUUUGCUGAUUCCUUUGGAUUCAAUCUCGUGUCUGUUAAAGAGUUUGAUUGCUGGGAAUUACCAAGUGCUUCAACCACUUUUGACUUAGGGACGAACAUUUUCCACACAGAAGAAUAUGUUUUAACCCCACUCUUUGCCUUGCCUUCUUCAAAAGAAGAUCUUAUGCAACAACUCCAAGUACAGAAAGCAAUACUGGAGUCAACUGAGUCUCUUCCUGGGUCUACAUGUAUCAAGGGUAUUAUUCGAGUUUUGAAUAUUUCUUUUGAGAAGUUAGUAUAUGUAAGAAUGUCUUUAGAUGACUGGCAGACACAUUAUGACAUUUUAGCGGAAUAUAUUCCUAAUUCAUGUGAUGGUGAAACUGACCAGUUCUCCUUUAAAAUUUCAUUGGUUCCUCCUUAUCAAAAAGAUGGCAGUAAAGUUGAGUUUUGUAUACGUUAUGAAACUUCUGUUGGUACAUUUUGGUCAAAUAAUAAUGGCACAAAUUAUACAUUCAUUUGUCAAAAGAAAGAACAAGAGCCGGAGCCUGCAAAACCAUGGAAAGAAGUUCCUAAUAGACAAAUAAAAGGCUGCUUAAAGGUAAAAUCAAGUAAAGAAGAAUCAUCAGUAACAUCAGAAGGGAAUAACUUUGAGAAUCCAAAGAAUACAGAUACCUAUAUCCCAACAAACGUUCGUUCUCAUGAGGACAAAGAAGAUUUGGAAACCAGUAAUCAAAAUGUAAAAGAUGUAAACAGGAAACAUGAUGAACAUAAUGAAAAAGAAUUAGAGUUGACGAUAAAUCAACACUUAAUAAGAACCAGAAGUACUGAUUCCAGAGGUGAAAAGAAUACAUUUCCAACAGAUCCAGUCAAUUUUCCAAAUAAAGCAGAGGGGCUAGAGAAGAAUAAAAUCCAUGGUGAAAUACGCGCUGACUUGUUCCAAAGGUCUCUGUCUCCAAGUUCAUCGGGAGAAAGCUCCAUAAAGGGAGAUUUUAACUACAAUGAAAAAUGUUCUUCAGGAAAUGGUUGUACACAUCAAAUUUCAGAGGAAAUUACUUCAAAUAUGGGAGAAAUCAAGCCAUCACUGGGAGAUACUAGUAGAGAUAAACUAGUGCAAUUAUACAUUGGCAGCAAAGAAGUCCUGGAUGACAAUGCUAAUCCAGCCCAUGGUAGUGGCACAAUGCAAAUACCUUGCCCCUCUUCGGAUCAACUAAUGGCAGGAAAUCUUAAUAAAAAGUAUGAAGGAGGAGCUAAAAAAAUUGAAGUAAAAGAUUGGGGAUGUCUAAGAAGAGAUUUCCAUUCAGAUAUAUCUGCAUGUCUCAAAGAAUCAACAGAAAAAGAAUCUUCCAGGAAAGAUUAUGGUAAUGGUAAAGAUGAUGAAGAACAAAGAAUAUAUUUAGACAUUAAUGAAAAACAAAAAAAAUGUUUCCAAACAAUCUUACAUGACCAAGAAAGGAAGAUGGGCAACCCUAAAGUAAGUGUGGAAGGGAUUGGAGAUAGUAACAGAGACCCAACUGCUCUGCUGUGCAAAGAUCCCGCAAUCACAGCAGACAUGUCUCACUCACCAAGGACAAAUUUAAGUUGGGAAGAAGCUGUGUUAACCCCAGAGCAUCAUCAUUUGACCAGCGAAGGCAUUGCUCUAGGAGGGAUAACUGGUCAAGUUUGUUCAUCAAGAACUGAAAAUGUUUUAAGGAAUGAUUAUCUUUCCCAAGCUGAAGAAGAAAAAUCAGGUUGGAUUAGUUCUGAAGAUCGGGAUAAUAACACACAGCAUAAACCAAGUGGGAAUGUUCUGGAAAGUUGGGGAAGAGCAACAGAGAGUAAGAUAAACAUAACAGAACAUAUCAAAGAACAAGCAGAUUGUGAAGAUAUGCGGGGAAAAAGAGAUAAUACGAGGAGUUUGAAAGCUUCUCUUACAGAAGAAUUGUUUACCUGCCAAGAAACAGUGUGCUGUGAACUGUCUUCUCUAGCUGAUCAUGGUAUUACUGAGAAAGCAGAAGCAGGUACAGCCUAUAUAAUUAAGACAACAUCAGAAAGUACUCCAGAAAGCAUGUCUGCUAGAGAAAAAGCAAUAAUUGCUAAGCUACCUCAAGAGACAGCACGAAGUGACAGGCCCAUCGAGGUAAAGGAAACAGCCUUUGAUCCACAUGAAGGGAGAAAUGAUGAUUCACAUUAUACCCUUUGUCAACGAGAUACCAUAGGUGUAAUCUAUGACAAUGAUUUUGAAAAGGAAUCACAUUUAGGUAUUUGUAAUGUACGUGUAGAUGAAAUGGAGAAGGAAGAAACCAUGUCUAUGUACAAUCCUAGGAAGACACAUGACAGGGAGAAAUGUGGCACUGGAAAUAUAACAUCUGUGGAAGAAUCCUCACUCGUCAUUACAGAAAAUCAAAAAGCAACUUCAAAACUGAAUUUACAGUUGGGAAUGCUGCCAGCAGACAAAACAGUAUUUUCAGAAAACAGAGAUCAUGGACAGGUUCAAGAAUUAUCAAAGAAAACAGACUUAGAUGCCAUUGUGCAUUCUGCUUUUAACUCGGACACUAAUAGAGUUUCUCAGAAUAGCUCUCCUUUUUCCAAACAUCAUACUGAAAUUUCGGUGUCAACUAAUGAGCAGGAAAUUGCUGUAGAGAAUGCAAUUACUAUGAUGGCUAGCCAGCCUAUUUCUACUAAAUCAGAAAAUAAUUGUAAUUCAUCAAGAAAAAUCCAGGGUAUGGAGAAUCACUGUUAUCCUGAGUCUAAACCUGAAGAGGUUUAUAAAAGUUCAGGAAUAGUGACAUCAGGUAGUAGAAAAGAAAAAUGUACAGGCCAGAUUUUCCAAUCAGAAGAGUAUAGUGUGGAAAAAUCUCUAGGGCCAAUGAUUUUAAUCAGUGAACCUCUUGAGAACGUGGAAGAAGCAAGGGAUGAAAAUGAAGGAUUAAUAAACUCUGGGCAAUCACUAUACCCUUCAGGUGAAAAGGAAUCUGAAAGCUCUGCUUCUACUAGUCUCCCUGUCCAGGAAAGUCAAGCUCAAAGCAAUGAAUCUUUGUUUUCAAAAUAUACCAACUCUAAAAUACCUUAUUUCCUUUUGUUUCUGAUAUUUCUUGUAACUGUCUACCAUUAUGACUUAAUGAUCGGCUUGACAUUCUACCUUUUGUCAUUGUCCUGGCUGUCCUGGGAAGAGGGUAGACAAAAAGAGUCUGUCAAAAAGAAGUAACCCCAGCACUAUUAUUAUUCUUUCUCAAAAGAUAAGCUAUUUCAUCCCAAACAUUUGAAUUGGUGAAAGAGACUAUUCAUUGUUCAAAGAUCCAGUGCAGUUUUUCUCUUGAAGGAUCAUUUAAAAAGGAAUGCGAAUAAGGUUGCUCCUUCAUAUAAGUAAUUAUUCUAUAUAGGACCAUUAUGUUUGGAUCAUUAAAUACCUAUAUGAAUAUGAGACCUGAAGCACGUCAAGUUGAAAUUAGGUACAGCUGUUGCUCCUUAGCAGGCUAUGAAGUUGCAAUGCUUCACAUCUCUUCACUACUUAAAGUGCUAUUUCUUGCAUUCAUUUCUCUAGCAAUAAAGCUUCAUUUUUUUUCCCUGAGAGUAUAUAUUUCCCCCCAAGGUUUUAAAAAACAGAUAAAACGUAGACAAUGGCAGAUGAUUUUUUUGGGCUUUUAGUGUUGAACAUGAAAUUUGUAUUUAACACUGUAUCAUUUAUCAGGAUACAUUGAUCAAAUAUUUUAACAUUUCAUAUUUUUAAGAAAACCCAUAUAUAUUGAAACGUGCAAACUUAAAGAAACAUAUUCUGUUCACUUGAGUAAUACUUGAUGCACACAAACACAUACGUGUCUUACACCUUUAUAGCUACAAACUCAGGGCAUUCAUAAGCAAAAUCUGACCAAGACUGAAGCAAUUGAGAGAUUAUCUUUCAAUUCUGCAAAAUUUUGUGGGUGGCCUGUCUUUAAGCGAUGCUUUUCUCUUGUGAGGGAAGACUGUAACACAAUUGAACUAUUUCAAUGUCAACUAUUCAGAGUUGAAAAUGUAAAUUAAAAGUUCCACAAGCAUUGUUUCAGAAUGAAUUUGUACCUAUAAAGCAUAAGGCAUUAAAUGAUAAUAAAAACUCCAAAUGGACUAUUUGUUCCACAUGGUAGUAUUUUUGUCUUCAAACAAAUUUUUGAUCUUUUCUCAUGAUAAGACAAUGAAUUAUCCUCUAAAGUGGAUUUAGAAAACAAACAAAUUGUCUUUGGUGAUAUUUAUUGCAUGAUUAUCAUCUUGUUGGAUAACCAAAAAUUUUAAGUAGGCAAAUAGUUAUAUGUGGAAAUAUACUGAAGAAGAAAUGAAUAUCCAGUAUAGUAGUGGCUUUUACUGCUAUUAUCUAUAGCCAAGUGUGUGUGAUAAUGAAACUCAUCAUUUUAGUGAAGUAGAGGCAAUGCAAAGAUUCACAUACAGUUUAUUUCAAUAACAACUUAUUGAAUGACUGCUAUAUGUAAAACUCUUGUGUUUUGUUCUGUUUCAUAGCACUUCCUUUGAUAUGCUGCAUAGCUAGUUCUAGGCAUAGGUACGUAGUGUGACACUUUUGACUUCACUGAAAAUAUGGAAGAAAGUCACCCAGAGGAAGCCUCUUUGGUUGAUUCUUUUUUCAUAGGAACUUCUUUCAUAAAACAUGUAACACUGAUUUUCAGGUAGAAAAAGUAAUCUAUUUACUGGUAAGGGCAAAGUCAAUGAGCAAAACUUGCAUAUAUUAUCCCAUAUAGAUAAGACAUAUACAUUUAUGGGAAGACAAAAUAAGAUGGAACAUUUAUACUGACUUUCAUCUGGCAGUAAAUGAUUUCCUCAAUUUUCAUUAGGCACAUAACUAUUUCCAAAUCCUCUAAUUGCAUAUUACACUCAAAUCCCAUUGAAAAUGAAUGCUUGACUUCAACUUUUUAGUUGACCAAAUACAAACAUCCUUAAGUAGAACUUAGGGCAAAUAUUUGAUUGUCUGAAGGGCACAAUUGUAUUCAAUACAAGAGAAAUACUGUAAGCAGUACCUAGAAAUAAUCUCUAAAAUUGCUAUCCUGAUAAUUCUGUUGACAGGUAUAAAUUACAAUGAAGUUAAGGUUAGCGUUUCCUUAGUUCUUAAUGGCUUGGCUUUUGAAUUCUACCUUUAAGAGUUUUAGUCAAUAUGCCAUAUCUCAUUAUUGCAGAGAACACUACAUUACUUUAUGAACACAGGUGUCUGAACUGGAAUUAUUCUCUUAAAAGAACAACAUAACUUCUUUUAUGUCUUUUAUUUGACUUUUGGUAAUAUUAACUUACCAAAUCUUUUCCUACACAUUUUUAAUAUGACAAAACAAAUGUAAAAAGAUUUGAAAUACUCAAUUGUGUAUUUCUCUGAAUGCAAUGAAGAAAUAAUUGAUUCAACAAGUCUCCAAACAUUACUUGUGAUGACCUUGAAAUAAAAUAAGAAUCUAUGAAACUACUGAUAUGUGAAGAGAUGGAGUAUUGCAAUCUGUUUUGGUCACAUCACUAUGCCAAGCAAGAAAAGUAGAUCUCAGGGAGGACUAGCCGCCCCUGGUUAGUGAAAAUCGGAAUGUAAAUCAUGAUAGCAAGGGCAAUCUACAGGCGUAGCUGCCUGCACAGUGUCUCUCCAAGUACUGGUUAAGACCCAAAUAAGGGCAUAGCAGAAGAGUUAAAGAGAGGUACAUCACACAUCUGCUUCAUAUGUUGGAUAAGAAACAUGAUAUUAUAACCCCAUCUUUCGUUUUGCUGGGCUUCUGACUUUUAGAAACAAAAUUCUAAAAAUUAGCAACUCAAGCAAGUAUGGGCAGCAGAAACAUCACAUCUGUUUAAGCCAUUAAUAUCACAAUAGAUUUCUCAAGGUAAGAGAAAAUAGGCCCAUGAGAUGAUAUUCACCCUUCAAUAUAAAAGAACAUUGGGUUAAUGUAGCCAUGGUUUCCUUCUGAGCUCCAGUAUUUUGAUAGUGAAUUAUUUCAAUGAAUAUAUAUAUCAUCUAUCAUUUUAUUAAAGAAACAGGAUCAUCUCUAAUUUGUCUCAAAUUUCCAUUUAUCAGUCUGCUGGAUAAAUGGAAAAC